CUAAAUGCAUACUCCUACAGGUGCUGAGAGCAGAGGGGGCGGCAGGUGAAAACCAGGUGAAAAGGACAGAGAAAAAAAAGAGACGUUUGGAGGAAAGCAGCGAUGGAAGUGCAGGAGUUAAAGUUGGAUGACAGCAGAAAGCACAGGCGGUAGGCUGCCGACAUGGCCAAUCCCAGGGGACCCCCUCCUCCUCCUCCUUGGCCCCCGCUCCUCCUCCUCCUCCUCCUCCUCCUCAUCUCCUCCCCGCUCCCCCUGCAGGCCCGGCCGCUGCUCCUCCACUCCUCCAUCAACGUGGCGGUGGUGUUCAGCGGCUCCAGCUACCAGAACGAGGUCAGGGGUCGCCUCAGCGGGGAGAACUUCGUGGACAUGCCGGUGGUGGUCAGUCCCGUCACCGUGCUGGUCAACGACACCAACCCCCGCGACCUGCUGACGCGGAUGUGCGACACCAUGGCGACGGAGAAGCUGCACGGCGUGGUGUUCGAGGACGACGUGGGCUCCGGCGCCGGCGCUCAGGUGGCAGAAGUGGCUCAGAUCCUGGACUUCCUCUCCACCCAGACGUCUCUGCCCAUCGUGGGAAUCAGCGGCGGCUCUGCAGUCGUCAUUCCAUACAAGGCGGAGGGAUCGUCCUUCCUGCAGAUGGGGGCUUCUCUAGAGCAGCAGGUCCUCUGCAUGUUCAAGAUCAUGGAGGAGUACGACUGGGGCGAGUUCGCCGUGAUCACCAGCUUGCGGCCAGGCUACGACACCUUCGUGGAUAUAAUCGAGACCUACACGGACACUUCCUACUUCCUGUGGAACCUGCAGGACAUCCUGUCUCUGGAAAUGUCCGUCGGGGCGAGCGAUGCCAAAACCAAGCGCGUGCUUCAGCAGGUGGACUCGCAGGUCCUGCUGGCCUACUGCUCCCACGAGGAGGCGCAGUACCUGUUCCGGCAGGCGGCCGAGGUGGGCCUGCUGGGGCCGGGCUACAUCUGGAUCCUGCCCAGCCUGGCCGUGGGCAACCCCGACGGCCCGCCGCCCGACAGCUUCCCCGUCGGCGUGAUCGGCGUGAUCACGGACCAGUGGAGGAAGAGCCUGCGGCAGAGGGUGAGGGAGGGCGUGGCCAUCGUGUCCAAAGGCGCCGAGAGCUUCAAGAAGCAGCACGGCUUCAUCCCCGAGGGACACGGAGACUGCAGCAGGCUGGCCAAGCACUCGGACAACAACACCCUGUUCAGGAACAUGCUGAACGUGACCUGGGAGAGAAGAGACCUGUCCUUCAACAAUCAAGGCUUCCUCUCCAACCCGUCCAUGGUCAUCAUCGCGUUGGACCGCGAGAGGCUCUGGGACAAGGUGGGGACCUACGCCCGGGGGAUCCUCCAGGUCCGCUACCCCAUCUGGCCCCGGUACGGCAGCUUCCUGGAGCACGUGUCCGACGACCGCCACCUGACCGUGGCCACGCUGGAGGAGCACCCCUUCGUCAUGGUGGAGAACGUGGACCCGGGGACCGGGACCUGCGUCCGCAACACGGUGCCCUGCAGGCGGCAGUCCAACCACACCGAGAGCAUCAUCGGCCACACGGAGUCCUACACCAAGCUGUGCUGCAAGGGCUUCUGCAUAGACAUCCUGAAGAAGCUGUCCAAAACCAUCAAGUUCUCCUACGACCUCUACCUGGUCACCAACGGGAAGCACGGCAAGCUGGUGCGCGGGAUUUGGAACGGCAUGAUUGGGGAGGUGGUGUACAAACGAGCUGACAUGGCGAUCGGCUCGCUCACCAUCAACGAAGAACGUUCGGAAAUCAUCGACUUCUCCGUGCCGUUUGUCGAGACGGGCAUCAGCGUGAUGGUGGCGCGCAGCAAUGGCACCGUUUCCCCUUCUGCCUUUCUUGAGCCCUACAGCCCGGCCGUCUGGGUCAUGAUGUUCGUGAUGUGCCUGACCGUGGUGGCGGUGACCGUGUUCGUGUUUGAAUACUUCAGCCCAGUCGGGUACAACCGCAGCCUGGUGAGCGCCAAAGCUCCCGGCGGUCCCACGUUCACGAUCGGGAAGUCGGUGUGGCUGCUGUGGGGCAUCGUCUUCAACAACUCGGUCCCCAUCGAAAACCCCAAAGGAACCACCAGCAAGAUCAUGGUCCUGGUCUGGGCCUUCUUCGCCGUCAUCUUCCUGGCGUCUUACACCGCCAACCUGGCCGCCUUCAUGAUCCAGGAGCAGUACAUCGACACGGUGUCGGGCCUCUCGGACAAGAAGUUCCAGAAACCUCAGGAGCAUUAUCCUCCGUUCCGCUUCGGGACGGUCCCGAACGGCAGCACGGAGAGGAACAUUCGCAGCAACUACCCCGACAUGCACACACACAUGAUGAAGUACAACCAGAAGGGGGUGGAAGAAGCUCUGGAAAGCCUCAAAACCGGGAAGCUGGACGCCUUCAUCUACGACGCCGCGGUGCUGAACUACAUGGCCGGGAAGGACGAGGGCUGCAAGCUGGUGACCAUCGGCAGCGGCAAGGUGUUCGCCACCACGGGCUACGGCAUCGCCCUGGAGAAGGACUCCCGCUGGAAGAGGCCCAUCGACCUGGCGCUGCUGCAGUUCCUGGGAGACGGAGACACCCAGCGCCUGGAGACCGUCUGGCUGUCGGGCAUCUGCCAGAACGAGAAGAACGAGGUGAUGAGCAGCAAGCUGGACAUCGACAACAUGGCGGGCGUCUUCUACAUGCUGCUGGUGGCCAUGGGCCUCAGCCUGCUGGUCUUCGCCUGGGAGCACCUGCUCUACUGGAAGCUGCGCCACUCCCUGCACAAGUCCAACAAGCUGGACUUCCUGCUGGCCAUCAGCAGGGGUAUUUAUAGCUGUUUCAACGGAGUGGAAGAUCCCGGACGCUCUUCUGGUUUGGCCAAACCCGACCUGACGUCCAAUUACGCUCAAGCUAACAUGCUGAAAAUGCUUCGCACCGCCAAGGACCUGGUCUCCACGGCCAACGUGGAGAGCUCCCUGGACAACGCCACCAAGACGAUCGAGCAGCUGAGUCGCCACGGCGGCAGUCUGCCGGUCCGGGUCCCUCCGGUGGCCACCGAGGCCAUCCCGGGGGGCUUCGCCUACGUGACGGAGAACCACUGCUCCCUGCCCCAGCGCUCCGUCACGCCGCCGCUGCAGAGGAGCGUGGCGAGGCCCACGCCGCUCCGCUACACGCUGCCCACCCGCUCCACGCCGUGUCUCUACGACCGGCCCCUCCCCGUGUCCAGCCUCAGCAGCCCCCACCUGGCCGUGGGCGAGCCGCUGCCCUACCAGCACCCGCACCACUACCAGACCACCGGCAGGCUCUACGUGGACGACCACCCCCACUCGCCCUUCAUCCCCUACGCCGACCUCCAGCUGCCCGACAUCUACGCCUCGCACCCGCUGUCCUCGCCGCAGAGCCGGCUCGGCCAGGCGGGGUUCUCGCGGCGGAAGAGGAGGUCCAAGAGCUUCCAGUGCGAGGACGGAGACGUGGAGAGACGGAAGCACGGCGACGUGGAGCCGAGCGAGAUCAGCCCGGCGUGUCUGAGCGAGCUCAAGGCCAACCACCUCCAGGAGAACCACGUCUCGGCCCCCAGCGUCGAGAACAUCUACUCCGAGGACGGGAUGUGUCCUCGGGUGGAGAACUACGGCUCCUGGCCGCCGGAGGACCUGCUGCUGAGGGGGAGACGCCGGCACCGCCGCCCCUCGUUUCUGAAAGCCACUUGGGGAAGCGACCAGAUCAGGCAGGUGGAUGAAUCCCAGUCGUCUCUGUCCAGCCAGUCGCCCUCCACCCUGCCCGACCUCUUCCCCUGCAUCCUCGCCCCCAACACGCCCGGCAAGGCCCACAACCCCGCCCACCUCCGGAACAACCUGUGCCUCCCUCGGAACCAGGCCUACCUCCACAUCCGGGAGGACCAGAGGAAGCCCAGCGGGCGGAAGGGCCAGCGGCUGCGCUACUCCCACUCCGCCCACCUGCCCACGUACGGCGAGGCGGUGCGCCAGGGGGCGGGGCCGGGCCGGGGCGUGGUGCGCAGAGCCACCAGCCUGCUCAGCAGACAGUACGCGCACUACCUGAAUUCGUACCCGGGGCUGCCGCUCUACCACGGGCCCCUGGACCUGCGGCACCACGGCCAGGCCCCCGGCGCACACCCCAGCCCGGUCUGCCAGCUGCUGGCCUGCGGCGGCGUGCAGUGCGGCGGUCAGCGGGCCCUGCUGUACCAGGACAGCGUGUACGGCGCCUACGGGGUCUAUCAGGGCUCCCAGACCGGGUCCGACGCUCAGGCUGGCCAGGGAUCCGGGGGCCCGCCUAUCGGGAGCCCCUGCGUACUGCGACCUUGGCGGCGAGUUUCCAGUCUGGAGUCCGAAGUCUGA